AUGACUCAGAAAGAUACAUCACUCGAAUUCUUCACAUUCCCGCCGAGCAGCAUGUUUAGAGAGGUCAAAAACAUCACUUGCGUGGGCGCCGGCUAUGUGGGUGGACCAACAUGUGCGAUGAUCGCAUGCAAAUGUCCUGACAUUCGGGUGACCGUCGUCGACAUGAACGCUGAGAAAAUCGCUCAAUGGAAUUCGGAUGAGUUGCCGAUUUUUGAGCCGGGACUCGAGGAGGUGGUGAAACGUCAACGCGGAACGAAUCUCUUCUUCUCGUCGGAUGUGCCGAAAGCUAUUCGCGAGGCGGAUCUCAUCUUCAUCUCCGUCAACACACCCACAAAAAUGUACGGGAGGGGAAAGGGCAUGGCUCCCGAUUUGAAAUACGUCGAAUCGGUGGCGCGGACAAUUGCCGAACACGCUGGAGGUCCGAAAAUCGUCGUCGAGAAGUCAACGGUUCCCGUGCGAGCCGCCGAGAGCAUCAAAACGAUUCUGAUGGAGGCACAGAAGCACAAUCGAGAGCUUCAUUUUCAAGUGCUGUCAAACCCAGAAUUUCUCGCUGAGGGUACGGCGAUGAAAGACUUGGCAAAACCGGAUCGAGUGUUGAUUGGAGGAGAGUCGAGUCCCGAGGGAUACGAAGCUGUCAGUCAUUUAGUGCGCGUCUACGAGCAUUGGGUUGAUCGCUCUCGAAUCAUCACGACGAAUACGUGGAGCUCCGAGUUGAGCAAAUUGGCUGCUAACGCUUUCUUGGCACAACGCAUCUCGUCGAUUAACGCAAUUUCGGCAAUUUGCGAGGCGACCGGGGCUGAUGUGUCGGAGGUGGCACACGCUGUUGGCUACGAUUCAAGGAUUGGCAACAAGUUUUUGCAGGCAUCAGUCGGAUUCGGUGGAAGUUGCUUCCAAAAGGACGUGCUCUCGCUCGUUUAUCUCUGCGAGUCGUUGAAUCUGGGAAAAGUUGCUAAUUAUUGGAGAGGAGUAAUCGAGAUCAAUGACUGGCAGCGAAGACGUUUUGCGGACAAAAUUGUUGGCGAGCUCUUCAACACGGUGGCCGGCAAGAAAAUCGCCAUUUUGGGUUUCUCGUUCAAGAAAAAUACCGGAGAUACGAGAGAAUCAUCGGCAAUCUAUGUGGCCAAACAUUUGCUCGAGGAGUGCGCCGAGUUGUCCUUCUACGAUCCGAAAGUCACCGAGGCGCAAAUUCGAUCCGAAUUGGCGCUCGUUUCGGGCAAAGAAACCGUUGAUCGCCUCGUGAAAGUGCACUCGAAUGCGGCGCAGGCUUGCGAGAAAGCGCAUGCGAUCGUCAUUUUGACCGAGUGGGACGAGUUUAAGACAUUGGACUACGCGAGCAUUUACAAGACGAUGCAACACCCGUCAGCGAUCUUUGAUGGACGAUUGAUUCUCGAUAAGAAACAGCUCCGGGAGAUUGGCUUCCGCGUGUUCGCGAUCGGAUCGGCGCCCGAACAAGCGUACAACAUGUUCGGCACAGCUGGAUGUGGAUCAGGAGGGGAUAGCUCACCGAAUCGA